AGAGGGCAGGAGUGAGCGAUUGGCAUCAGGAGUGGUCCUGGAGACCCCAGAUCCCGUGGGACAGAAAUGCAUUGGCUGGCACCCUUGCAUCUUCCCCACCAGCUUCUAUAUAUGGCCCUGCCCUCUCUGGACCCAUCACACUCGGAUCUCAAGUGACACGCUGGGGAGGAAGGGGGGGGUGCCUAUUUUUAGCCCCUGAAUGGAUCUGUGCUGGAGCCGAGCUCUCUGCCCCCGUCAAGGGUACAGCAUCAUGUUGUGUUGGGAGAUUUUUCCUGCGUGGCUUUUCGAAUGGCUCCAUCACCGGCUCAGACUGUGGUGCAGGCAUGGAUAAUUUCGAGUACAGCAUCCAGCUGAACGACCGGGACUGGGCUGAGUUCUUCUUGGCGUCGGAGGAAUGCGCCCUAGUGCCGGCUGCCCUGGCCACGGCCGAGGAGCAGUGCCUCAGUGACAUUGAACAAGGGGACGGCACACCGGGGAGGGACUGUCACAGCAGCAACGGGCAGAUUGCGGCGAGGGUGGGCAGUGAGCCAGGGCCUGGCACGGGAAGCUCUGCCCCACGUGGGGUGCCCAGAGACACCCCCCUGCGCUGGCCCGCCGGCCGGUACCUCUCCUUCCCGGAGCUCCUCUCGGGCAGCGAGGACGAAGCAGAUCUGGGCUCAGUCGCCAGGUUUCUGUGUGACAGCGACAAGCCCGGCUGCCCUUCUUCCGCCCCAAUGCCCAGCGUGCAGGGGACGCAGCCCCCCUGUCCCCCCGCAGCCGCUGGCAGCCCAGGGCAGGACGCAGCGUGUGAAGCAGCAGCACCGCAGCCGGCAUCGGAAAAAGGAGCAGCUGGCGGCAGUCAUGCCAUGGAGCCUCCCAGCCACCCAGCUGCAACAAGCGUCCCUCGGCAGGGAGGGGACGCAGGAGGGGAACGGCCCCACGGCAGCCCGGUGGUGGCACAGCCACCAGUGCCGGGCAUCUCGCCGGCACCACCUGCCUCCCCGGAGAGCUCAGCGAGGAAAAGUCCCAGCGUUUCCCGCUCGGAGCCCAGGCUACGGGGACCCUUGCGUGACCACCCGCCGAGCCCAUCCCUGGAGGCUGUGCCCAAAGCACCCGUCUUUCCGCCGCGGGACGAGGCGAGCGGGGAGAGAGCGGGUGCUGAGCCGAGCUCCCCAGCUGCUUCCCCAGAGGUGGUGAGGCCCAAGGUGCCGGGGCAGAUGAGAAAGAGCCGCAAGCAACGUGGAGCUGCUGCCACUGAGGCAGCCCAGGGGGACAGGGAGACUCCAGGGACUGUGGGACAAGGGACGGUGGUACCUGCAAAGGCACCUUUAAGCUCACCAAUGUCCUCACGAAAGAGCAAAGGGAAGGAGAAGGCAGCCAAGGCUGCUCCUGUGAAGAUGGGGAGCGAGGAGGCAGCGGAGAGCAAACGGCCGGUGCCCAGCCCUGGUGUGGAUGGGGGCGAACCAGAUGCGAGUGCUUCUCCGAAGCAGAAGGUGAAGGAGCUGGGGGCACAGUCCCCAGGGAAAACAAGGGCCACCAAGCAUUCAAAGCCAGGGCAGGCUGGUGGCUCGGGCAUACGUGACAAUUUGCCAGUGAUCGCUGCCAGCGAAGCUGCAGCUCCUUCGGGAGAGGCGUGCCAGGAGAUGCCGAGGAAGCCUCCCCAUCCCAAGAGUGUGGCAGCUUUUGGGGGAGAUGCUGCUGAGGGAGCUCAUGGGGAACCUGUAUCUGAGACCCCCAGAGAGCUGGGACCCCCUUGCUUCACCACCGGGGACUUUGCAAGGACAGACACCCUGGACGUGACUUGGCCAGAGAUGUAUGACUAUUUGUUCUGUGAAUCCCAAGGGGAAGAUGAAGGAAUGGGGAGCUCAGUGGAGGAGGAGAUAACACCCUUGGAAAGGGAAAUGUCCUUGCCUGAACUGUAUGAAUAUUUUUUCAAUGAACCAGAAGGAAAAAGGAAAAAAGCCAAGGGUAAAGACAGAAAGCAAAAGAAGUUCGGCAGCUUGGACCAUGCUCAGCUGCAAAACAAGGAUCUCGACUUGGCUCCAGCUGGAGACACCCUGGUUAUCUCUGUUCCUGAGGUGUAUGAACACUUCUUUCAGGAUGGGCCUGGGAACAGAGCGGGCUGGAGAGGGGUUUUCUCAAUCACACCGCCCUCCGAGAUGAAAAAAGCCGUGGGGGCUUUGAAGACCCUCCUGCAAAGGCCAAUGGAUCUCGUCAGAGGCCAAGCCUCAGCCUCCCCGGCUCUGGUGCGGAGAGGAUCUGCAGAGAAGCUCCCGCUCGUGCCGCUGGCUCCGCGGGGAAGAGACCAGGCACAACCAGAUGUUUUGGACAUGGCCCUUGCUCUGAGAGGGAGACCCGAGGCUCCGCUGGCGCUGACCCACAAGGACAUGUGCCUGGUCUUCUGUGCCUUUGCAUCCUGGGUGGUGAAGACCUCUGACCUGCGCUCUCCGGAUGCCUGGAAGACGGUGUUCCUGGCAAGUUUUGGCACGCUUUCUGCCAUCCGCUACUUCCGAAGGCAGGUCAGAGAAGGAUGCCCCCGGCCCUAGGCUCAUGCCAAGGGUGCUUCCCGAGGACAGGCGAGGACGUCGGUGGCAGAGGCCGGGGACUUUGUUCUUGGGCGGUGCGAGAAGCCUGGAUCCCAGCACCGAGACUUCUCUGGACCCAUCCCGAAAUGGGACGGUUUGUCACAGGAAGCAGGAUCCUUCUGGUGACAGUCAUUUACAAUACGGUAGGCGGUUUGUACCUGUACUGGACAGAAGAGGAGCCCAGCGUGGGCUGGCUCUGUUCUUUCUUUGCACACUUCUUGCAUACUUCUGCUGUCUCCCAGGAGCAGUCACAGUGUCUGUUCCAGGGCACUGUUUGUCUGUCCUCCCUCCUGAAGUCGUUUGGUGGCAAGAGAAGGCACCGAGGUGGUGGAGGGAGGAGAGAGCAAGAGAAACCAGGAAAGUGCUUCAUUCCUAUGAAAGGGCUGGGGUGUCUGUGGAGGAAGAGAAUAUAGAGUUUUGGGGAAGAGCUGUCUCUGUCCCAAGACAGGGCUUUGCUAGGCAUGUACUGGCCACACGCUGAGCCGGGCGGUGCUAAAUGGGGAUGGAGGAGCCACUCACUUGGCAAAGCCCAUGUCUCCCAUGACUGGUUUGGCUGAUAGCAGGAGGACUCAUCCUCUUGGGUUUCACUCCAAGAAGUCACAGCUCGGUCUGAGGGUUCAGGAGGCUGAGAUAGGGUUUCUGCCAUGGGUGAGAAGCACCCACUGCAAGGACACAUCUCACACGGGGAGGUGUCGCACAGCCAGGGAAAGGGACAGCCGGAGGUGGCUGUGCAGGAUGGAAAGGGGCUGCAGGGGCAGCAGAAAAAAGGGCUGAGCUCAGGGAAGCCUCAGGAAAGAGCCCUGACAAGGACAGGAGCAUGCUGAAGAGGAGAAGGUGGCACAUGUACACAUUUGGCUCUGACAAUCAGCAGAUGGAGGGUCUAGGUGUAUCACUUGGUCCCUCCACUGCCUCCCAUCCCGCAGACAUCAAGUUCACUGGGAGGAGAUGCCAAAUGUGUCACCUUGCGGGGCUGGAGAGGGCUGGAGGGGACACAGAAUGGAAAAUGGUGUGAAAAAGGAAAAGGAAGCAGCUCAGGUUCUUCCCUGUCCCCAGUGUCUGCCGGAUCACUCAAGGGCAUUAUUCAUGAGGGUUUUUCUUUACUCCGAAGUCUGCUAACAGCAUGGAUGUGAGAUUUGUUGAGCACAUAGGGACCAGAUCCACAAAGUUACUGGGGGGAAAUCUGCCCAGAAAACCUGUGUGCAUCUGCCUAUGGGCUUUAUAGGAACAGUCUGUGGCAACGUUUGUUGUACAAAUUGAGAGAGAAGAGGUUUAGCUCUUUCCUUGCAAUGCAGAGUGCCAUGAAAUUUUAAUGUGUGUGGGGUUGUACUUAAGACCACGUAUUAUUGCUGAUAGGAGAGCACACUGUACAAUUGUACGGUGAGAUAUGUAGCAGUAAAUAGCAAGAGAGAGAGAUGUACAGGCUCUAUAUGGACUAUAGUAGCUGUAUACCCAGUAAGAAGAGUUUUGUGGAGGAGGAGAACAGAUAAAUUAUGCUGGAAGCUUCUAAUAAAGAUCUAUCCCAUUUAA